AUUAGAAAAAAUAAUACUAUUAAAAGUAUAUCACCUGAAUACAAUCCAACUAAUGAAAAUGAUAAAGUAUUUAGACAGGAUCUUAAAACAAUUAUCGAGAAUAAGAAUGUCACUAAUAAAUUUAUUCAACAAGCUCUUA